GCCCGGACCCACCCCCAGCCCCGGGGCCGCUGGGCGGGGCUCGGGCCGCUCGGCCGCGCCCCCGCGGCUGCCUCAGCGGCUCCCCCCGCGGGCCUGCGACUCCCCCGCGCCAGGAUGCUGCGUGCGGCCGCGCUGGGCUGCCGGCGGUGGGGCCGGGCGGCUCCGGCCCAGCUCGGCAGCCGCUUCUCGGCCGCUGCCUCCGCGAUUCCCGCCCCCAACCCCCGCCCGGAGGUCGCCUACAACAAGAUUUUCAUAAACAAUGAAUGGCAUGAUGCAGUCAGCAAGAAAACGUUCCCUUCUGUCAACCCAGCAACGGGGGAAGUUAUCUGCCAGGUUGCUGAGGGAGACAAGGCGGAUGUGGACAAGGCCGUGCGGGCAGCCAAGGCGGCCUUCCAGCUGGGCUCGCCUUGGAGGCGGAUGGACGCCUCUCACCGGGGGAAGCUGCUGCUCCGCCUCGCCGACCUGAUUGAGAGAGACCGGGCCUACCUGGCCGAGCUGGAAACUCUGGAUAAUGGCAAACCGUACUCCAUCGCCUACUUAGUGGAUCUGGACAUGGUAACCAAAUGCAUCAGGUACUACGCUGGCUGGGCUGACAAAUGUCAUGGGAAAACCAUUCCCGUAGAUGGAGACUUCUUCAGUUACACAAGACAUGAGCCAGUAGGGAUCUGUGGACAGAUCAUCCCGUGGAAUUUCCCACUCCUGAUGCAGGCGUGGAAAAUCGGGCCUGCCUUGGCCACCGGGAAUGUGGUUGUGAUGAAAGUGGCUGAGCAAACACCCCUGACGGCUCUUUAUGUGGCCAGUCUGAUCAAAGAGGCUGGAUUCCCACCAGGGGUGGUUAAUAUUGUUCCUGGCUAUGGGCCCACUGCAGGGGCUGCCAUAGCAUCCCACAUGGAAGUAGAUAAAGUGGCCUUCACUGGCUCCACUGAGAUUGGGCAUCUGAUUCAGAAGGCUGCAGCAGAGAGUAACCUGAAGAGGGUGACGCUGGAGCUUGGAGGGAAGAGCCCAAAUAUCAUUAUGUCUGAUGCUGACAUGGACUGGGCUGUUGAGCAAGCCCACUUUGCCCUAUUCUUCAACCAAGGCCAAUGCUGCUGUGCUGGAUCCCGGACGUAUGUCCAAGAAGAUGUGUAUCAUGAGUUCGUAGAGAGAAGCAUUGAGAGAGCCAAGUCCAGGGUGGUUGGAAAUCCGUUUGACUCUCAAACUGAACAGGGACCUCAGGUAGAUGAAGAGCAGUUUAAGAAGAUCCUUGGCUACAUCAACACUGGGAAGCAGGAAGGAGCCAAACUGCUCUGUGGUGGCAAUCCUGCUGCAGACAGGGGCUAUUUCAUCCAGCCGACCAUCUUUGGAGAUGUGCAGGACAACAUGACCAUUGCUACAGAGGAGAUAUUUGGACCAGUCAUGCAGAUCUUGAAGUUCAAAACAAUUGAGGAAGUCACUGAGAGAGCAAAUAACUCCAAGUAUGGUCUGGCAGCAGCAGUCUUCACAAAAGAUCUUGACAAAGCAAACUACGUGUCCCAGGCAUUGCGGGCUGGAACUGUCUGGAUAAACUGUUAUGAUGUGUUUGGUGCUCAGGCCCCAUUUGGUGGGUACAAAGCAUCUGGGAAUGGGCGAGAGUUGGGGGAAUAUGGCCUGGAGGCAUAUACAGAAGUGAAAACUGUAACAAUCAAAGUUCCACAGAAGAACUCUUAAGGGACGUGCUAUUUGCUCCAUGCAUCUGAACCCUUCUAUGCAGUUGAAGUUUAACGGAAUAAGAACAUGGGAAAACCCUUCUUACAGCAAGCAAAACUUGAAGUCCAUAAGUGCAAAGUUCAUGCAACUUUUUUUAAAGUUUAAAAAAAAUUCUUUAGAAAGUGCCAGAGGCAAUUUCUUGUUCUCUGCUUGUCUGAAACUUCACUUAGCUUUAACUUUUUUUAUACCAAACAUAAUUCUCUGUGCACUAGUGUUACACAUAUUUGGAUAACCUUGUUCGCAUUUACGUCUGAAGAAUCUAAUGUGCUCUUUUGAAAUAAUUUGAGUGCUUUAUGAAAAUACCAUUACUAGAGACCGCUAAUUAAUUGCUUAUAAUUAGCUUGCUACAAAGUUGUCUUUUUUGAAAGUAAAUCUGUUUGCCUGAUGUAUGAGAGUACUCCUCACUGACCAUAUAUGAGCGGAAUUUGGCCCUCUCACCUAGCAGCAGACAUUGUGUAAUACUCAAUGUAUGACUUUUUUGGUCAUCUGAAUGACUCUGAAUCUAGGUAAAGUCUAAGUUUUUUCUCUCAGACAGUCUCAUCUGUGAAAUAUCUUCUUAUACUAUUUUCUCUUUCAUAAUAAACAUACUGGUAUUUAACCUGCCA